GCAUAUGUUUUUUCACAGUGUCAGUUUAUCCAUUUAUUGAUAAAUUUAUAGUAUCAGUUUUAAAAAUUCACUUAUUUCAUUACAUUAAACUCAAUUAUACUAUGCACUAUAAUACAUUCACUUAUCUUUUAAUUUCAUUUUUUCUCCAUACUAUUGGUAGACACCUGUUCAAUACCAAAUGAUCACUUAAAGAUUAAGGAAGAUUAUUCACUGUUUAGUUCCAUAGAGGCAGGCACUGCAGCUCUUCAGCCAGUUUCUCUCACAAUCUGUCCAUGUUAAUUGAGGCAAUCAUCAUAUUAGUAGCUACGUUAUGUGCGUCAUACUAUUGGUUGUUUGGCUUCUGGAAUAGGAGGAAUGUCUUCAACGUCAAAUUCCAAAUUACUUUUCUAACAUUCAUUAAAGUAUUAAUAAAGAAUGAACACCUCGGAAAUAUCUUUGCCGAUAUAUACAAGAAAUACAAAAGCCAUGGUAUGGUUGGAUUUUAUAUACUGUUUGAUCCAAUGCUAUUAGUGACCAAUCCAAAAUUAGUUGAAGAGGUGAUUGUGAAAGAAUUCAAUAAAUUCCAUGACACUCCAACGGAAAUGAAGAAGGGAAUCAACCCUCUAUUCGCACUUAAUCCAUUCGCUGCAAAAGGAACGGAAAAAUGGAAGGAGCUCCGAAGUAUUCAAGCUUCGAAUAUGACCACAUUCAGGUUCAAGGAGAUUCUCCCGAUCAUAUAUUGUGUAGCUGAGAACAUGGUAAAUUACUUGACAGAAAUGAAAAUGGAACCCAUCGCGGCAAAAGAACUCUCCUUCUUGUUUUCUGUGGAAAGUUCAUGUUUAUGCGGAUUCGGUGUUCAACCUAAUGCAUUUACCGACUCGGAAAAUAGUUUUAUCGAAUAUUCAGAAAACAUUUUCAAACCUUCGCCGUUUACGAUGUUCUGUCACUUUUUAUUGCCUUGGAUUGGCAAUCUUCUCAAACUAAGGAUUUUAUCAAAAGAUGCAGAAGAAUCCUUUAUAUUAUUUGUUAAAACAAUAUUCGAAUACAGAUCGAGGUCAAAUGUAACGAAAAAUGACUUCAUCUACUAUCUUAUGAAAUUAAACCAAAAGUUGAAAGAAGGAAAUAAACCAGAGUAUUCAAACGUAGAAUUGGCAGGACACUGCUUGACAUAUUACUUGGACAGUACCCAGACCACAUCAAACCAACUGGCCUUUUUUCUCCUCGACUUAGCAAAUCACCAGCACGUCCAGGACAAGUUGAGGAAAGAAAUUUCUUCAAUUUCAAACUCUCCGAGAGAUUUCGAUCUAGAAAAAGUCAACUCCAUUAGAUAUUUGAAUAUGGCAAUUAACGAAAGCUUAAGGAUGCACACUCAAGGUACUUGGAUAUCCCGUACUUGUACUCAGGAUGCUGUUAUUGGAAAUACUCCUAUACCCAAAGGUACCAAAGUCUUCGUUCCGGUUGAAGCGUUCCACAACGACCCGGAGUGGUUUCCCAGUCCUGAAAAAUUCGAUCCUGAAAGAUUUUCUGAAGAGAGAAAGGACUCCAUUCCCAAAUACACCUUUCUUCCUUUUGGAGAAGGACCAAGGAUAUGUGUUGGUUACAAGCUAGCUUUACUCCAGAUAAGGAUGGCAGUGAUAUUCUUGGUUCUAAACUUCACCAUCCUCCCAUCCAGUAAAGUAGACAGAGAGGAAAUCGUCUUGGAAAACGCGUUGUUACCAACACCUGGACAUAAUGCCAAACUGAAGUUCAAACCAAUGAAGUGUAUUGAUCAAUAAACAUAUUAGCAUUAACAUUUGAUUCAUAUAUACCUAAGAUUUUAAUAAUACUCGUAAUUAACAAUUAUGUAUAUAUAAAC